AUGACUUCUGAAACCCAACCAAUCACUCUCUGGGGCAAGUCCGGCCCUAACCCUCUCAAAGUCGAGAUCCUCAUUCGAGAAUUGGGUCUCGCAUUUGCUGUCAACCCCAUCCAGUUCUCCGACAUCAAGAAACCGGAAUAUCUAGCCGUGAAUCCGAACGGCCGACUUCCUUCUAUCCAGGACCCGAACACGGGUCUCACGCUCUGGGAGUCCGGCGCAAUUAUUGAGUACCUCAUCGAGAGGUAUGACAAAGAGCAUCGCCUGGGUUUCCAACCCGGGACGUCACAGUUCUACCACGCCAAGCAGUGGCUGUACUUUCAAACGACUGGUCAAGGGCCGUACUAUGGCCAGAUGACUUGGUUCAAAAAGUUCCAUCCGGAGAAGGUGCCCAGUGCCGUGGAGAGGUAUGUCGGCGAGAUCAAGCGUGUGACUGGUGUACUGGAGAGUCAUUUGCAGAAGCAGAAGGACGAAUUCGGCGAGGAGGGGGCUUGGUUGGUGGGAGGAAAGUUGUCCUUUGCGGACCUGGCCUUUAUCCCGUGGCAGAGGAUGGUAGGGAUGUUCUUGACUAAGGAGGAGUUUGAUGAUGAGCAGUUUCCGCUUGUGAAGGAGUGGAUGAAGAGAAUGGUGGAGAGGGAAGUGGUGAAGAAGACGUUGCAGGAUAAUAACUUUUAG